CGGACGCCGCUGCCCUGACGCCUUGCAUUUGCAUCCCCUACUGAGGCUGCUGGGGUUGUUCUUUCGAGGGGACGCGAGCGGUACCCCUUCAGAGGCCCGGGCUGUGUCAGCCUCUGUCACUCCUGUGCGGUCCCGGCCCUGCGCAGCGCGUUGGUGCCACCGUCAUGGAUCUAAAUUUAAACCGAGCGGAUUAUUUACAGGUGGGAGUGACCUCUCAGAAGACUAUGAAGCUACUUCCUGCCUCAAGACAUAGAACUACACAAAAGGUGGUUAUUGGAGAUCACGAUGGGGUAGUUAUGUGCUUUGGCAUGAAAAAAGGAGAAGCAGUGGCAGUGUUCAAGACUUUACCGGGGCAGAAGAUUGCAAGAUUGGAGCUAGGAGGUGUUCUUAAUACACCCCAGGAGAAAAUUUUUAUUGCUGCAGGAUCUGAGAUUAGAGGCUUCACAAAGAGAGGAAAACAGUUCCUCUCUUUUGAAACCAACCUCACUGAAAGCAUUAAAGCUAUGCAUAUAUCUGGCUCAGACCUCUUUCUCAGUGCAAGUUACAUCUAUAACCAUUAUUGUGAUUGCAAAGACCAACAUUAUUACCUUUCUGGGGACAAAAUCAAUGACGUCAUCUGCCUUCCAGUGGAAAGAUUACCUCGUAUUACACCAGUAUUGGCCUGCCAGGACAGAGUGCUCAGAGUUUUACAGGGAUCUGAUGUGAUGUAUGAAACUGAAGUGCCUGGCCCACCUACUGUUUUAGCACUACACAACGGAAAUGGCGGUGACUCUGGAGAAGACCUUUGGUUUGGAACAUCAGAUGGAAAACUUGGGCUUAUUCAGAUCACUACCUCCAAACCAAUACACAAGUGGGAAAUUCAAAAUGAGAAAAAGCGGGGAGGGAUUUUGUGUGUUGACAGCUUUGACAUUGUGGGUGAUGGGGUUAAGGAUUUACUUGUUGGGAGAGAUGAUGGAAUGGUGGAAGUGUACAGUUUUAACAAUGCAAAUGAGCCUGUUCUACGAUUUGAUCAGAUGUUGUCUGAAAGUGUCACAUCUAUCCAGGGUGGUUGUAUAGGGAAAGAUGGCUAUGAUGAAAUUGUGGUAUCCACAUAUUCAGGCUGGGUUACAGGUCUGACAACAGAGCCUGUACAUAAGGAAAGUGGACCGGGAGAAGAACUGAAAAUUAAUCAGGAGAUGCAGAAUAAAAUUUCUUCUUUAAGGAGUGAGCUGGAACAUCUGCAGUAUAAGGUAGUACAGGAAAGAGAGAAAUAUCAACAGUCUUCUCAAUCAAGCAAAGCAAAAUCAGCAGUACCUUCGUUUAGUGUAAAUGAUAAGUUUACAUUAAAUAAAGAUGAUGCCAGCUACAGUCUCAUCUUAGAGGUACAGACUGCGAUAGAUAAUGUCUUAAUACAGAGUGAUGUUCCAAUAGAUUUACUUGAUGUGGAUAAAAAUUCUGCUGUUGUCAGCUUUAGCAGCUGUGAUUCUGAGUCAAAUGACAACUUUCUUCUCGCUACUUACCGGUGCCAGGCAAAUACUACAAGGCUGGAACUCAAGAUUCGUUCAAUUGAAGGCCAGUAUGGCACACUUCAAGCAUAUGUGACUCCAAGGAUUCAACCUAAAACCUGUCAGGUCCGCCAAUACCUUAUCAAACCCCUUUCACUCCAUCAAAGAACUCACUUUAUUGAUCAUGACAGACCCAUGAAUACACUGACUUUAACGGGCCAAUUCAGUUUUGCUGAAGUUCACUCCUGGGUGGUUUUUUGCCUGCCUGAAGUUCCUGAAAAACCUCCAGCAGGAGAAUGUAUGACAUUUUACUUUCAGAACACCUUCCUGGAUACACAACUUGAAAGUACCUACAGAAAAGGAGAAGGAGUUUUUAAAUCUGACAACAUUUCUACUAUAUCCAUCCUAAAAGAUGUGCUCUCUAAAGAAGCUACUAAAAGGAAGAUUAACCUCAACAUAUCAUAUGAGAUAAAUGAAGUAUCAGUCAAACACACUUUAAAGCUAAUCCACCCAAAGCUGGAGUACCAGUUGCUUUUGGCUAAGAAAGUGCAAUUAAUUGAUGCUUUAAAAGAAUUGCAGGUUCAUGAGGGAAAUACAAACUUUCUGAUACCAGAAUAUCGCUGUAUUCUAGAAGAGGCAGAUCACCUACAGGAAGAAUACAAAAAGCAACCUGCACAUCUUGAAAGACUGUACGGCAUGAUCACUGAUCUUUUCAUAGAUAAGUUCAAGUUCAAAGGCACCAAUGUAAAAACCAAAGUACCUCUUUUGCUGGAGAUUCUGGACAGUUAUGAUCAAAAUGCAUUGAUUGCUUUCUUUGAUGCUGCAUGAACUAUAAACAAGGUAAAGUUCCAAAGGGGUCUUUUUAAACGAAAUGUGUUAAAACAGAAUUACGGCACAAGCUAAUUGUACAAACUUUUAUUUGAAAUGCUUUUUAAUAUCGUCUAAAAAUAUUUAGGAUGUGACUUCUUUUAGUAAUGCUUCUAUUUUGAGAAAUGGAGCUUUUUUAAAGAGAGUUUUUAUUUU